AUUGGCAGGCCUUGGAUUGAGUGGGUCAAUGGGGUACCAGCUACGAAGCUUAACAUCUUUAACUUACUUGUGAGGCCUAUGUACAGGGAUAUGAGUCGUAACAACCUUGAAGGUGAUGUUCCAUACAACCUUCCACCAAAUGUUCUGCAUAUAAAUCUGGCUGGUAAUGGCUUUACUGGUGUGGUUCCUUAUUCAAUUUCUUCAAUGACUGACCUUAAAUAUCUAAAUCUUGGUCAUAAUCAGCUCAAUGGUCAGUUGAAUGAUAUGUUUGGGAAUCUUCGGAAGCUUCGUGUGCUAGAUCUCUCAUUCAAUAGCAUAUCUGGUAACCUGCCUCAGAGUUUUGGAUCCCUCUCAAGUCUCAACACUUUGCGCUUACAGAACAAUCAAUUUACUGGUCCAAUUGAUGUCCUUGCCAGUAUUCCCCUUGAUGAACUACAUUUGGAAAAUAACAAAUUUGGUGGAUGGAUACCGGAGGAGUUGAAGCAUAUAAAAAGUAUUCAAACUUCAGGUAAUUCGUGGUCUUCCGGGAGUGCACCUCCUCCACCAAAUUCGCCUGGGGGUUUUUCAGAACAUGGUAGAAGCAGCUCAGGAACAAAAUCCGACAGUGUCAAGCAUUCAUCCAAAGGUGGGGAACGUGACAAGAAAUCUGGUCUAAGUGGGGUAGCUAUAGCUGGAAUAGUGAUAGGAGUUUUGGUGGUUGCUGGGAUUUUGGUAGCCUUUUUAGUUAGAAGAUCUUCUUCAAGUCAUUAUCUCAAUGAAGAAAAUCUUAGCCAAUGCAGACCAUUCAGUCCACUAGUCUCACAUGAGUUUAAAGAACUGAGGACAAUGGAGUCAUCUUCUUCUAUAACAAUGAAGACUUUGCAGAACUCUUCUUCAAUGGCUCUCAAGCCUCCUCCAUCUGAUCGGCUGAAGUCCUUUAAUGAGACUGAUUUCGCUAACAAGUUCAAUGCAAAGAGAAGUAACACUCCUAUAAGUGCAAUCUCUUAUUCUUUUCCAGAUCUGCAAAAGGCCACAGGAAGUUUUGGUGCUAAUCACCUUAUUGGAGAGGGAUCUGUUGGGCGUGUUUAUAAGGCACAGUUUGCUGAUGGAAAGCUUAUGGUUGUGAAGAAGAUUGAUCCAGCAGCCCUACCACGGGACUCAACUGAAGAUUUCAUGGGUGUCAUUUCCAACAUCUCGAGGCUGCACCAUCCAAACAUCACUGAACUUGUUGGUUAUUGCACAGAGCACGGUCAGCGCUUGUUAGUGUAUGAAUUAUUGAGGACUGGCUCACUUCACAAGUUCCUUCAUCUCUCAGAUGACUAUAGCAACCCACUGACAUGGAAUACUCGGAUCCGGAUUGCUCUUGGAACUGCUCGGGCUCUAGAGUAUUUGCAUGAAGUGUGCUCCCCCUCUGCUGUUCAUAAAAACAUCAAGUCGGCUAACAUCUUGCUAGACACUGAACUCAAUCCUCACCUUUCUGAUUGUGGCUUAGCAAGUUUCCGAUCUAAUGCCGACCACCAGGUUGGGUAUAAUGCACCUGAGUGCACCACAGUGGACACAUAUACUUUGAAAGGUGAUGUGUUCAGUUUUGGGGUUGUGAUGUUGGAGUUGUUAACUGGCCGGAAGCCCUUUGACAGUUUCAAGCCAAGAUCAGAGCAGUACUUGGUACGGUGGGCCACUCCCCAACUCCAUGACAUUGAUGCAUUGGCCAAGAUGGUUGAUCCGGCUCUACGUGGGCUCUACCCCCCGAAAUCUCUAUCUCGAUUUGCCGAUGUUAUAGCACUUUGUGUCCAGCCUGAACCGGAAUUCCGACCACCAAUGUCAGAAGUGGUGCAAGCUCUGGUUCGAUUGGUGCAACGUUCAAGCAUGAACAAGAGAUCUGCCAUUUCGGCCUCUGGCUUAGAUGAUCCUGGUGCUUCUCGCCGAACUGAUGACUCGGACCCCAGUGAGUAUAUGUACUACUGAUGAAGCACAAAUGACUUGAUGCUGAGUACACGAGCUGCUUGGCAAUCUUCGAGCGCAUCCAUGACAAUUGAGAUGGUUAUAGUGAUGGACUGCAAAGCCAGUUUCAGGUUGGGCGAUCCUCUCUCCUCGCCCUUUCUAAAAUUUUCACACGUUUGUAAACGUUAUAUGAGUAUUGCUCCCGGAAAUUGAGGGUAACCAGAAAAUUUGUAUGUUUGUAUAAGAAUGGCACCCCGAAAUCUUGGGUGCCUCCGAGGCCUUUUUAUGUUUAAAAGCUAUUCUCUUAAGUAGGAUUAUUUGUGAGUUACUAAAGCAAGCAUCUUCCAGGGUGGUUGUAUUAA